AUGGCCAUUUCUGUGACCAAAAAGAAAUCCAAAGUUUCCAAGAAAGAAGAUCCAAAAAAAUGCUGUUCCUCUUUCACAAUUCUAGUCAGAUUUCUCUACAGAAUUCCUAUAGCCCUUUCCUUCUUGUUUCUCAUCUACCUUUGGUCUUCCUCCACCACCAUCAUCUCUGGCAAGAUUCUUCAUGUUUGUGUUUCUUCAAGGAAGCUCAACAGUCUCUACUGCCUAUCUGCCGGCACACAGCCAAAAUUUGAAAUCCCGAUUCCGAUUGUCGAAAAUAGUACUAUUGUUGAAAUCCCAACUCCAAUAGUUAGCAACAUUGCUAUAACUAGUCCUGCUUCAAAUGUGGAAGUGAAGAAACAAGUGCCAACUCCUGUAGUUAGCAAUAGCUCUAUUGCCAAUGUGGAGAUGAAGAAAGAAAAUAUUCUUGAAUUUGUCAGGGAUGGUUCUGAUCCAACUGUCAGAGAUAGUAUCAGCCAUGGCAGAGAAAAUGAGAUUGCAGGUGCGGUGAAGUUUGUCGAAGAACAUCUUCAAGUGCUCCGCUCGUGGACGUCGGAUAGGAACCGAAAAGGGUGUGAUGGGAGGGGAAUUUAUGUCUAUGAUCUGCCAUCAAAGUUUAAUAAGGACUUGGUUGGUCAGUGCAGGGACAUGGUUCCAUGGAUGGACUUUUGCAAGUAUUUCGGCAAUGAAGGAUUGGGAGAGCCUAUUCCGAAGCUCGGGAAAGCGUGGUACCGGACUCAUCAGUACUCUCUGGAGCCUAUUUUCCAUUCAAGAGUCUUGAAGCAUCCUUGCAGGGUUCAAAAUGAAAAUGAAGCCAAGCUUUUCUAUGUUCCAUUCUAUGGUGGCCUGGACAUCCUCAGAUGGCAUUUCAAGAAUGUCUCAAAUGAUGUCAAGGAUACUUUGGGGUUGGAGUUGGUCAAGUGGCUAGAAAGACAAAGGCCUUGGGCUCCGAAUUCGGGGAAAGAUCAUGUCUUUGUGCUGGGAAAAGUUUCAUGGGAUUUCAGGAGAAAGGAGAAGUCAUGGGGAACCAGAUUCUUAGAGCUUGAACAAAUGCAGAACCCCGUGAAACUCCUGAUCGAACGACAACCGUGGCACGAAAACGACAUUGGCAUUCCGCAUCCAACCUACUUCCACCCACAUUCAGAUGAAGACAUCAUGUCCUGGCAAUCCAAAAUCAUAACUUCAAGCAGAAAACACCUCGUGAGCUUCGCGGGAGCAGCGCGCCCCGAUGCCCCCGAGAACAUAAGGUCUAUUCUGAUCAAGCAAUGCACUUCAGUGGAAAUUCAGAAAUGCCAGAUUCUUGACUGCAGUCCACGGGGAUGCAGCCAACCCGAAUCGGUGAUCGAGCUCUUCAUGGAGUCCGAAUUCUGUUUGCAGCCUCCAGGAGACAGCCCAACUCGAAAAUCCGUGUUUGAUUCUCUAGUGUCAGGCUGUAUACCGGUUCUGUUUGAUCCUUUCACAGCUUACUAUCAGUAUCCUUGGCAUUUACCGGAAGAUCAUGGCAAGUAUUCAGUUUUCAUAGACCAAAAAGAAGUGAGAGAAAAGGGGGUAAAUGUGGUGGAGAAAUUGAUGAAAAUCACCAAGAAAGAGAGGGAUGAUAUGAGAAGAUUUAUUGUGUAUGAGCUAUUGCCUGGUCUAGUUUAUGGGGACACAGAUUCUCAGCUUGAGAGGUUUCAGGAUGCCUUUUCCAUUACAAUAAGUAAUCUCCUAGAGAGAGUGAACAGAUUGGAAGAUAGUUGA